AUGACCGCGGUGUUUGUGAAUGGGGGCGGCCUGGUGAGCACACACUGCGACAGGUGGGACCGGCGGGACAGCGCCGAGAGCAGCUGUCAGACCGAGUGCGGCCAGGAGGGCGAGGAGGACCAGCCCCGCCAGCUGACGCCCUUCGAGAAACUAACUCAGGACAUGUGCCAAGAUGAGAAGGUGGUGAGGGAGAUCACGCUGGGCAAACGCAUAGGCUUCUAUCGAAUUCGAGGGGAGAUCGGGAGCGGAAACUUUUCCCAGGUCAAGCUGGGGAUUCACUCUCUAACCAAAGAAAAAGUGGCCAUUAAGAUUCUGGACAAGACCAAGUUAGACCAGAAAACCCAAAGGCUGCUCUCCAGAGAGAUUUCCAGCAUGGAAAAGCUACACCAUCCCAAUAUCAUCCGCCUUUACGAAGUCGUGGAAACCCUGUCCAAGCUCCACCUGGUGAUGGAGUAUGCAGGAGGCGGAGAGCUCUUUGGGAAAAUUAGCACCGAGGGGAAGCUUUCUGAACCAGAGAGCAAGCUCAUCUUCUCCCAGAUCGUAUCCGCUGUGAAGCACAUGCAUGAAAACCAAAUUAUUCACAGAGAUCUGAAAGCAGAGAAUGUGUUCUAUACCAGCAACACGUGUGUGAAGGUGGGAGAUUUUGGAUUCAGCACUGUAAGUAAAAAAGGAGAAAUGCUGAACACCUUCUGUGGGUCUCCGCCCUAUGCCGCACCCGAACUUUUCCGAGAUGAACACUACGUUGGUGUUUACGUGGAUAUCUGGGCCUUGGGUGUCCUUCUGUACUUCAUGGUGACGGGUACGAUGCCAUUUCGAGCAGAAACGGUGGCCAAACUAAAGAAGAGCAUCCUCGAGGGUACCUACAGCAUCCCCCAGCACGUGUCAGAGCCCUGCCACCGGCUCAUCCGAGGAGUCCUUCAGCCCAUACCCACAGAGAGAUAUGGGAUCAGCUACAUCAUGAACAACGAGUGGAUGCGAGGGGUGCCGUACCCCAUCCCCUUGGAACCUUUCCAACUGGACCCUAAACAUUUGUCAGAAACCAGCACCCUCAAAGAAGAAGAAAGUGAGGUGAAAAGCACUUUAGAACACUUGGGGAUUACAGACGAACAUAUCCGAAAUAACCAAGGCCGAGACGCUCGGAGCUCCAUCACAGGGGUCUACAGGAUCAUUUUACAUCGCGUGCAAAGAAAAAAGGCUUUGGAAAGUGUGCCAAUCAUGAUACUACCAGAGCCUAAAGAAAGGGACCUAAAGAAAGGCUCCCGGAUCUACAGAGGCAUAAGACACACAUCUAAAUUCUGUUCAAUUUUAUAAAUUAUAUCAAGCAGCUGGCAACUAACCACAAAGUUUCUGCUUUUAACUUUUCUCAUAGACAACUUGGGUGGAAACGUUUUUGUAAUUUUUAAAUAAAAUUUAAAUUUGAGAUAUGCGUA